UAAAUAGGAAUAGGGCUGGUCCUCACAAACGCACAGCUCAAGCAAGUAAUUCCCUGAUCCGCUUACGCGUUAUUAUGAAUCCCACGGCGCUUCUAGGCAAGACACGCCCUGCGUAGCAUUCAAGCGCUAGGAUUGGCCAGAUCGGCCACUCGUUGCCUCCGUUGGUUGGAGUUAGGGCGGGGUUAGGGUUAAGGUUAGCUAAUCAGAGGCAGAGCAGGGGCGGGUCACAGCAGGUAAAGACACUGCGUUAUGUUUAUCAUAGUGGAGACAAAUUGGAAUAUAAUGAGCUAAUAAACACAACAUUGGCAUAUUUUUUGCUAUUGUUAUUAUUAUUAAUUUCAGGAGCUUUAAUGUACAUAAAAAUAAAAAUCUACAACCUGUGACACAAAAAUGGAUGAUGUUCCAGGGCUCCCCCUAAAUUUCUCAAAGUAGGAUUUCAGGGGAGCUCCCCUUAGCUCCCCCGUAAUUCGAACCCAGUUUUGCCCCUUUCUGUGACCAGCGUCACCGGCGGUUUCUCAGCAUUGAGCCCUGAAAACGGCACGCGGCAGAGCAUGGCCGCCCCCUAGCGUCAGCGAAAAAACGUCUCGCAACUUUCUCAUUAAUGGUCGAACACGCUUGAAACUUCUCUCUUAUGGACUCUAAACAUUACCAGCUUCCAACCCAUGCACGUAUUUACAAUUACAUUACAUUAUCCCUUUAAAGACUGCAACGAUAUAGCGUGUUUCUCUAAUUCAUCCCAUAUCCACUUGGCGGCGGUAGCCCGCCCUAAACGUGUUUGACGAACGGCCGUAAAAUAAAAAGAGAAAGAAGAAGAAGCAUAGGCGGCUCGCCAACCGCCACAAAAUCAACAAGAAGAGAAGAAGAAGAAGAAAAAAAAGGCACGGGGAGGAAGAAGAAAAGAAGGCGAAGAAGAACAAGAAGCCUGCGCCUUUAAGAAAACGGAACUGAGCCCGGACUCAUGACGCCAGUUGCCUUGCGCUGGAGAAUGUGGGCAGGAAACGCCGAGCAAGAAGGGAGAAGCGAUCACGCUUUUUCAGCGCCGUUGCACAAUACGCGCAAGCAAAAAUGUGCGCGGAUACCCGCCGCUAAUGUCCACGAGCGACCGGUCUCCUCGGAUUCAGCCUCCCCGGGCAUGAAACGCCACCGUCCGAACCUCUGCCGGCGAGGGAUUGUGACUUUUAUCCGAGUGUGAAGGGUGCUGUCCCAGUCUGCUGCUGGGUUUGAAAACAUCAGGCGGCCAGCGGGUGGGAGAGCGAGAGAGCGAGAGAGAGAGAGGGGGAGAGAGAGAGAGAGAGAGAGAGGGGAGAUUCGUGGAAAGGAGGUGCCUGCUUGGCCAACAGCCAUGAGGGAGUACAAAGUGGUCGUUUUGGGAUCGGGUGGAGUCGGCAAAUCCGCGUUGACUGUCCAGUUCGUGACCGGCUCCUUCAUCGAGAAAUACGACCCGACGAUAGAGGAUUUCUACAGGAAGGAGAUCGAAGUGGACUCGUCCCCGUCCGUGCUGGAGAUCCUGGACACCGCGGGGACGGAGCAGUUCGCCUCCAUGCGAGACCUGUACAUCAAAAACGGGCAGGGGUUCAUUCUGGUCUACAGCCUGGUCAACCAGCAGAGCUUCCAAGACAUCAAGCCGAUGAGGGACCAGAUCAUCCGGGUCAAGCGAUACGAGCGCGUGCCCAUGAUUCUGGUCGGGAACAAGGUGGACUUGGAAGGGGAGCGGGAGGUCUCUUCCGGGGAAGGCAAGGCGCUGGCCCAGGAGUGGAGCUGCCCGUUCAUGGAAACUUCUGCCAAAAACAAAGGUUCAGUCGAUGAACUGUUUGCAGAGAUCGUCCGACAGAUGAACUACUCCACUGUUCCCAGUGGCGGCGAUCAGUGUUGUUCAUGUGUCCUCCUCUGAGGGAGAGGGAUGGAGGGGAGGGGGGGGGGGGAGAGGGAGAGCGCAAACCCCGUUUGGUUAAGAUGUUUCCACCGUUGUUUCAUAACUUGUUGAUAACCCCCGUGAUUCCGCUGUCUGACGUCACCGCGAGUAUUUCCCCCCCCCCUCACACCCUCGCUGUCUUAUUGCACACAAAAACAAAUUGACAACCGCGACAACGAUCGGAUGAUGUGUACAUAGCCUGAAUAGUGUUUACAUGACAAAGUACUUGAAUGUUUCAGAUUUCCUUUUAAAGCUUUGGUGAUAAUGACACUUCUCUGGAAAUGUGCCUCAAUGGGAAUGUCUUAUUGUGAAACCUAAGAGAGACACUUCUGGCUUUCCUCAUCAUAGAAGUGUGUGAUGUUUUUCAUUACUCUUAAGUUGUGCUGGUGUACUCCUCCGGGGCGGGUCCAUUUGUCUUGGGGGGGGGGGGGGUGUUUCUCCAGCUCUUCUGGCAGGCAGAUUUUAGGGAUGGUCACUUUUAAAGGAGGUUAUCAUAGUUUGGCUGAAAUCAAAAGAUUUCCCCCCCCCCCCCAGCUCAUGAAACGCAUCUCCUAUUCGCAUUAAAGCCUUGCAGUGGUUUCUAGAUUCAAAUAGCAGCCUGCGUAUUCUAAAAGAUGAUGGUGCAAAGAGUUCAAAUGCACCUACAAAGAUACUGUAUUAUUACAAGCUGUGGAGUUGAAUCUUUUUUCCUUUUUUUUUUUCGUAUUGUGGUCCGGUGAAAGUGGAUUUGUUACAAAACUUGCACUUAGCCGGCAGUGUCCCUCCUCAGAGUGCACAAACAAGGACCGUAGUGCAUUGCUGUCGCUGCAUGGGAAACGACAAAAGAGCCCGUGUCAAGUGCCUUUCUGAGAAAAAUUCCUAUAACUGUGCCAACUUGUGAGCCCUACUUCCUCUGCAGUGCGUCUUAAUGGCAAUCAUUGAACUUUCUUUUCUUUAUUCUUUCGCAGCUUUCAUGAAACCCUCUAUUUUCACUUGGUGUCUCGGUGAAAGAACCCUUGAAAUAAUUAUUCUUUUUGUACUCCAUGUUAGGAAGUUGAGCUUGUAACAGACCUACGCUUCGAGUCGGAAUUGGGCCUUCUCUGUUCUAGCAGUACAGGUCUGCGUCAAGAGCAACGGAUUAAACAAAACCAGUUAGACUCUUUGGUUCGUUGAACGGCAAGCCAUGUCUUUGUUGUUUUUGUUGUUGUUGUUGUUUUUUUCCUAAAAUGUGACAUUUUGACUUAAUUGUAAUUUUCUCCUUGGGCAAACCCUCUAUCAUUUACCUGUCUGGUUUAAAAGACUUUUAAUACAUAAAAAGCAUUUUAUGUAACACGUGGUGUGCUUGUUUCAGUGAUGUUAAUGCAAACUGAUGUCUAUUUUCCUUUUAGUGCCUCAAUUUAGAGCUGUAUUAUUCUUUUAUUUGCUUUUAUUUCCAGCGCACUGCAGCG